GGUCCCCAGCACAUCUGGAAGAGAGCGGGCGCCUCUGGAACAGAGGGGGACGCAGAGCGCAUAACUGGAGCAGCGAGCUACGGCGCAGCUGGGGCCCUUCGAGGCGCUCGGGGCACACAUCUGGGACCUCGAGUAGGGGCCGUGCCGAGAGCAGCUGGACCAGGGGAGGGGGGCGGCGGCUGCACAGCUGGACCGAAGGGGGCGGGGUCGGUCCUGGACUACUGGCUGAAAGGAGGGCCGCGAGCCGCCGGGGACUGGAGCAUGGGACGGCGCGCCUGAAGGAGCAGGAAGGAAAGGAAGGGGCCUGGGACCCCCGUAGUAACGGAGGAGAGAAAGGGGGACGUGAGCAGAGGUGGAAGAUGCAACUGACUCGCUGCUGUUUCGUGUUCCUGGUACAGGGCAGCCUCUAUCUGGUCAUCUGUGGCCAGGAUGAUGGUCCCCCCGGCUCAGAAGAUCCUGAGCGUGAUGAUCAUGAGGGCCAGCACCGGCCUCGGGUGCCUCGGAAGCGGGGCCACAUCUCACCUAAGUCCCGCCCAAUGGCCAAUUCCACUCUCCUAGGGCUGCUGGCUCCACCUGGGGAGGCUUGGGGGGUCCUUGGGCAGCCCCCCAACCGCCCUAACCAUAGCCCCUCACCCUCAGCCAAGGUGAAGAAAAUCUUUGGCUGGGGCGACUUCUACUCCAACAUCAAGACAGUAGCCCUGAACCUGCUUGUCACAGGGAAGAUUGUGGACCAUGGCAAUGGGACCUUCAGCGUCCACUUCCGACACAAUGCCACAGGCCAGGGCAACAUCUCCAUCAGCCUCGUGCCCCCCGGUAAAGCUGUAGAGUUCCACCAGGAACAGCAGAUCUUCAUUGAAGCCAAGGCCUCCAAAAUCUUCAACUGCCGGAUGGAGUGGGAGAAGGUAGAACGGGGCCGCCGGACCUCGCUCUGCACCCAUGACCCAGCCAAAGUCUGCUCCCGAGAUCAUGCUCAGAGCUCAGCUACCUGGAGCUGCUCCCAGCCCUUCAAAGUUGUCUGUGUCUACAUCGCCUUCUAUAGCAUAGACUAUCGGCUGGUCCAGAAGGUGUGCCCAGAUUACAACUACCAUAGCGAUACCCCCUACUACCCCUCUGGGUGACCCUGGGCAGGCCGUGGAGGACAGGCCAGGGCUGGAAGGACAGGCCUGCCCAUGCAGGAAGCCAUCUGUCUGAACACUGGGCAGGAAAGGGGGUGGAGAGGAGGAGAUGCCAAGUGGGGCCAGGACCAAGUCUCAAGUGGCAAGGAGAGAGUCCCAAGUUCUGGCCCCAACCUGAGGCAGUGGAACGAUGGGAACACAGGUGCUGGAGGAGGAGUGGGGUCUCUGUGCAGCCACAGGGAUUUACCAUUGAGCCACAGGCAGAUGCUGGGUCCCCCAGGCCCCUGGGCAGGCAGACCUAUAUGGACCCAGAUCAGGUCAUGGAAGGACCCUACAUGCUUGGCUCCUGCCAUCCUAAGAGAGGACAUCAAUAGGCUAUGGGGGCAUUUCAUAGUGUGAACAUCCUGUCACCUUAGGAUGGCUGGCUGAGACAGGACUUCCUGGGAGC